UGAAAAUUUAUAACAGUGUAUCGCUGGCUCGCGGUCCCGAUCCCACUGUUUUGUUUUUGCUAAAUUUUACACUUUUCUUAUUGCGUGGUGGGAUUGCUUGAUCGUUGGUUUGAUCCAAAAAACAAGAUGGAAAAUGUAACAUUAUUUUCAAGAGAUAUUCAAUUUUAAUCGACUAUGGGAAAUCCAAAAUUCUUUUUGCGUGAGGAUAAGGGUAUCUCCCGAUCGGGGAAAAACUUAGAAAAUUAUUUUCAAGAUUAAAAGUUUACGGCAACAAAGAAGUUAUUUAUUAAGAAGAAAAUUAAUGAAUAUAAUUUAAUGAUUUAUCAUUUAACAAAUAUUUAGCAUUAUGCUUCAUGCUUCAAAAAUACAAAAUAUAAAUUCUAAAUAUAAAAUUCUAGAUAAACGGAAACCAAAAGCUAAGCACACAGAAAUCAAAAUUUGGACAAUACAUGACAUCUUAAAAGUCUUUUAAAUUUAUUAAGGGUAUCAAAGUCUUUAAUAUCAUGCGGUAAAGUAUUAAAAUGGUUUAGGCCUUUAUGUAAUAUAGAGUUUUCUACACUAUAAUAAUAUUCUCUCAACAUAAAAUUACCACAAUUCCUUGUAUUGUAAGAAUGAAUAUCUUCUUCACAAACGUAAUUGGGAACACACUGCUGUUUAAUUUUGAAAAUAAAUACAUAGACAUUAAAUAUUACUUUUUGUUUUACAAACAAGAAAUCAAGAACACCCAACAUGCUUUGAAUUGGCGUAUAUCUGUUACACUGUAGUAUAUUUUUCAUGGCCCUAUUUUGAACAAUAUGCAAUUGCUCUAAUUUAUAAUUAGAAUGUGUGGAACAACAAUCUAACUGGGGAGUAGCGAGGCUGGUAUACAAUAAGAUUUUGGUGUGAAUUGACAAAAUUUUACCUAUUCCAGAUAUAAAAUUAAUCUUUUUAGAAAAUUUAUUCAUUAUAUAAGCGGCAUCUGUAUGACACGCCAAAUUUUUUUGUUGUUAAUAUAAAUGUUUACAUCGAAACUUAAUUUACUUAAUUUAUGACGUUUACCAAAAGUACAAAACUUUGACUUGUCCGUGUUUAUACAAAGGUUAUUAUUGCACAGCCUUUCGAAAGCGUUCUUCUGAUCAGCAUUCAGUUUCUUUGCAUUUCAUCCACAUUUUCACCCACAAUAAAAAUCAUAGUGUCGUCCGCAAAUAAUACCGCUUUAGUAUCCUCUAAAAUAUUUACAAUAUCGUUUAUAUACAUAAGAAACAACAAUGGUCCCAAAACUGUCCCCUGAGGAACACCAUGGUCUACAGUUAUGCAAUCAGAUAUGCAAUUUUUAUAUUUCGUUUUUUGUACCCUAUUUGUUAAAUACGAACAAAGCCAUUUAUACGCUGUUCCCUUAAUACCCAUUUCGUACAAUUUUCUUAACCGUCUAGUUCUACUUAUUGUUUCGAAAGCAAGCUUAAAAUCCAAAAAUACAGCCCAAACAAAUUUACCACCAAUUAUAAGUAAUUUGGAGGUUAUUUUGGUAGUAGUGAAACGUUUUUAUUUUGUAUCAAUGAUAAAAAUUGUAAAAAUAUAAUACAUAUUAUUAAUAAUGGGGAAGCUAUUUUUGAACUCUUCGAAAACCAUUUAUUUAUUUAUUUAUUUAUUUAUUACAAAGGUGCCCUAACAUGAAGAACUAACUUCACAAUUUACAAGGACACACUAACAAUUAUACCAUUAUUUAAUUAACAAAGUAAAACUUAUAAGUAAGUACCUACCUAUAUCUACGAUAAGCAGAAGAUAAAAAAAAAAAUAAUAAUAACAAUCAAACUUACCAUACUAAACCAAAACUAACACUGUAUAUUAAGUGCGUGAAUUACAAAAAACAAAUGUGAAAAAAUAAGGAAAACAAAUCAAAAAUUAAAAUAAAUUUAUAGAAAAACCCUAAUUGCUUGAUUUCGAAACGAAUUAAGUGAUAACGCAAAGAUGUCAAUGUGCGAAAAAUAAUUAUUGUAAUGUCUAUGUAAAAGAGAUAUUGGGGAAUUGUUACCUAAGUUUGUAUUAAAUCUAGGCACGUAAAAUAAUGAAGGAGUUCUUGUUAUAGCGACUCUGGCAUUGAAGGAGAGUUUUUCCAACAGUAAAGGACAGUCAAUCCUACUAUUAAUAAUAUUAUGCAAAAAUAUAGCACUGGAGCUAAUUCUUCUAACAGAUAACUUCAGUAUAUGGUAGAAAUUAAGACUAGCUUCAUACGAAUGAGUUAGUAAGUUACGGUUAAAUCUAAAAUUUAAAUGGAAAACAAACUUUUUUUGUAUUCUCUCGAUUCUGUCUAUAUAUUUAUGAUACUGAGGACUCCAUAUCACACGGCCAUAGUCAAGGUGAGAUCGAACGUAGGAAUUGUAUAGAAUAAUAAGCGAUUUCUGAUCCUGAAAUUCCUUGCUAACUCUUAAUAUAAAACCUAAAUUUUUAUAAGCUUUUUUUACUAGAUUCUCAAUGUGGAUAUCAAAACUUAAUUUUACAUCUAUAGUUAUUCCAAGAUCCCUAAUCUGCUCUACUUUUUUUAUUUUUACACCAUUGAAUGUGUAGUCAAAGUUUAUAUCAUUUAUCCGCCUGCUGAACUUAAGACAGUAACAUUUAUCAAUAUUUAAAAAUAGACGAUUUUUUACACAGUAUUCAUAAAAACGAUCUGCGUAUGAUGCUGAUUUAGCAAAGAGAAAACACUUACUGACAUCUGCGAUAAAGAGUGAAAAUAACAAUGGUCCCAAAUGGGACCCUUGAGGAAUUCCAGAUGUGAUGCGGGUCGUUUAGGAUUUUGCAGAAUUCAAUUCUACAAACUGAGUCCGAGGACUGAUGUAGGAUUGAAGAAUUUUGUAAAGACCAUGAAAAUGAUACUAUAGAAUUGAAAUUAUGCAAAAAAAAAAUCUCACAAAAUUUUACCGUUUACAGUUUUACAGUUCAUUUUUCGUAAAUUAAUAGACCCAAAAAUUUCCAAAUGCGACCCUGUCGGUCUACUGAAGUGGCCAGUCAAUAAUUUAAAUUUUAGAUAUCACAACAGCAGAUAACCUGCCCGAGGUUGCCUGUACCGAAAAUGUUAUUUUUCGCGUUCCAUUAAAAUCGAAAAGUUUGCGUUCGAAUUUUAGGCACAGACGCUUAAAAUGAAUAACCGUAAGGAAGGAAUCUUUGAACACAUUUUGAUACACUACCGAUGGGUUUUCGUGUGUUUAUUCCUCUUACCGAUAUCUUUUUUGUUCGAUGUUUGGCUUUACUUCAGGAAUUGGAUUGUGUUUAAACUGAUCAGUGCCCCGAAACAGCACGAACGCAAGAUCAAAUAUGUUCAAAAGCAGGUGCGGGAUUGGAGCGACGAAGGUAAAAAGACCAAAAUGUGUACCGCAAGACCGGGGUGGCAAACGGUGUGUUUUCGAAGGCCCGUUUACAAAAACACCAUGAAAAAAAUCGAAGUAAAUUUGGUCGACAUAUUGGAGAUCGAUACGAUAAAAGAGACCGUACGGGUGGAGCCGUUAGUCACGAUGGGUCAGUUGACGGCAACUUUGAACCCUUUAGGAUGGACCAUACCAGUCUUACCAGAAAUAGACGACCUAACGGUGGGAGGGCUCGUAAUGGGUACGGGGAUAGAAUCGUCAUCCCACAAAUACGGAUUAUUUCAACACAUUUGCCGGUCGUACGAAAUGGUACUGAGCGAUGGCACGCUGGUUAAAUGCACCCAAGAAGACAACUCCGAUUUGUUUUAUGCGGUGCCGUGGUCUUAUGGGACGCUGGGUAUACUAACGGCGGUCGAAAUUCAGAUGAUACCCGCGAAAAAAUACGUGAAAUUGACGUAUAAUCCCGUCAAGGGGGCUGAUAAUAUUGCUAAACAAUUUACAGAAGCCAGUCGAAAUCUUGACAACGAAUUUGUAGAAGCGUUGGGCUAUAAUGAGGACGAAGCUGUCAUUAUGACUGGAGUACAAACAGAUAUCCCGGAUAACGAUAAAAUCAACUCGAUCGGUAAUUGGUACAAACCGUGGUUUUUCGUGCACGUAAAAGCAAUCUUGGAUAAAAAUAGGCAAGUAACGGAAUAUAUACCCCUCAGAGAAUACUACCACAGACACACGAGAUCGAUUUUCUGGGAGUUACAGGACAUAAUCCCAUUUGGGAACAACGUUGCGUUCCGAUGGUUAUUGGGAUGGAUGAUGCCUCCGAAAAUUUCCCUGCUAAAGUUGACUCAAACCGAAGCCGUAAAAAAAUUGUACGAAAACAAUCACGUGAUUCAAGAUAUGCUCGUUCCGAUAGAAACCAUGAAAGAUAGCGUUAGAGUAUUUAAAGACAAUGUGGACGUAUUUCCCAUAUGGUUGUGUCCAUUUAUUCUUCCGGCUAACCCCGGUAUGGUGCAUCCGCAUGGAUACGAGGCAAAAUUGUAUAUCGACAUCGGACUGUACGGAGUACCAAGAGUGAAGAAGUUUUCCCCAAAGGAAACGAUGAGGAAAAUUGAAAAAUAUGUCACCGACGUACAUGGCUUCCAAAUGUUGUACGCGGAUACGUACAUGACGAAAGAAGAGUUCAGAAAAAUGUUUGACCACAGUCUCUAUGACAAAUUAAGAGAAAGAUUAAACUGUAAAGAGGCAUUCCCGGACGUUUAUGAUAAAGUAUCUAGAGCAGCCAGGGCAUAAACUUUCCUCUCCGAAAAUCCACCAUAUAAUAUUCCAAUUUUAUUUUUAUACAAAAUAAGCAAACGUCUUGCGGCGCGACAUGCAUUGUGAUUUUUCUUUGUAUCGUUCGAAGGUCAUUGUAACAUAACAAUAUACGAGAAUC